AGUUUAGAGUUCACUGGCUAUGGCUAUGGUAGGUAACCGUUUUGUGAACCAGAUUGUGUUUAACAACUUUCAUUAUAAUCAACGUAAUAUAAAAUUAUACAUUUUGAGAAAUGUUUGUAAUUACAUUUGUUACAUUAUUGAUCUAAAACUCAAAUAUUAUGUUGGGUAGAUUCUCAGUUGUAUUUCAAAAUGCCGUAGAUGCCCUAGCACCUCCUACUCCACUUCAUGAAGAUUUCAUCUAUCAUUGGAAGCGUCUUAUGAAACAUUAUCUGGCAGUUUCUUCAUAUCGUGAAGUACCAAUUGAACUCACAAACAUUCCAGCUCACCUCGAUCAACUUCAAAAGAUUUUGCAGAAAGAAGAUGAGGAAAGUAAGGAUGAAAAAAUGGGCCCAUGUGUUGAGUACUUGCUGCAACACAGUCUGUUGGAUUUGUUAGCCACAUUGGCGGCGUCCGAUGAUCCACCUGGCAUGAAGCAGUAUGUGCUUCAGUUUGUGACUCGCACAGUGGUUCAAAUCAAAGCUCCAAUCUUAGGACAUGUGUCUGUUUUUACAUCACUUCAGAAAUUGGUGAGCAUAUGUGAUGGAGCCAAGCAUUCACCUUGUGAAAAUGAUGAGGUCCAGUUCUUAUUUUCACUUAGUGCUCUUUUAAGGAAGCAUCCGCAGCUAAUACCAAUGUUGGAUACUCAGGUUCCUCGAACGCCAACCCUGGACAGACGCAGUAGCGUGGACAGUGAGGCCAGUAGUCACUAUUCAGUGAGCUCUGCGUUUCUGAGCAAUCCACUGUUGGCCAAUGGCAGUGAAGCUGAGCCUGCUGAGUGCUACACUCCUCCGCUCAACAACCCCCUCUUCCGUCCCUACAUUCCAAGUCCCCGUUCUAGGACGCCAAAGCUGUUGCCGGCUGCCACCAGUGCCACCAGUGGCUCAGUCGAUGAAGGCUGUGAUAUUUAUGAAAAUAGUAGUGAUAUUGGUCUUGCUUCCGAGACCGAUGAUGAUCCAGUAUUUUGCAAUGAGUUCAUGAUAUUGGACUCGCUUCUUAGUUACCUGGACUCUGCAGAUUCCAAGAUACGCCUGAAAGUAUGUCAAGGGAUUAUGCUUCUAGUAUCCCUUCCCGACAGCAAGUUUGUCAAUACGGUUCUGCAGAAUUCUCAAAUUUGUCUGACAAUCGCAUCUAAGCUGUGCUCACUUCUAGUCGAAAUUCCACCAACUUUGGAUCCAAAUUUGCUUGAUGAGCUCCAUGUCAGCUGGGGAUUGGAUGUUCCAGUGGCGCUUGAGACAUGUGCUACGGCCAAUGGCUACAGAGAGGCUCUCGCUUUCUUCACCUGGUUUGAUUAUUGUGACCAGCUGAUAAAAGAGGCUCAACUCUCGAUAGCUGAUGGCUUGGCAUCUUCUUUAAGAACGCACUUCUUUGUGGAGAUUUUUCCAGCUGAAGACUUCUCCAACAUAUUGUUCUUAUCAAUAAUUUGCAAGUGCUUUAAAAUGGCAUCCGCCCCAGCCCUCAACAGAGAAAUGAGUAUAUGGAUGGUAGGUGAAUCAAGAGAACCAGUAUCUCGUGACAAUGUCUCUGAAAUCAUGUCAAAAUCUCUAGUCAAAGCAGCGCUUCUAAAUUGCUUCAACGAAGACACCGCUUUAAGCUUGGAAAGCUUGCGUCUGUUCGAGGUGUUGUUGGAGAAAGGAAAUGAGCAUGUUCUCCACUGUUUAGUGAUUACUUAUGUAAAUAGAAGACUGUAUUUAGACCAGAACGCGUCUGCAUCGCAAAUUGCAUCCUGGAGUGACGAAGAAGAUGAGCGAGAGAAGAAUCGCGAAACGAAUCAUUCAGCAUCUGAAUAUUCAGAAAUUAAUCAGAGGCUGAUGACUCCCGAAGCAAAUAGCAGAAGAGCUCUAGCGUCUGGACACAUUGAUAAAAUUGUAAAUAGUUUUCUGAACGUGGUGCCUUUCGAAUUACGCUCGGCGCCAUCUGUGGACAACUCGUGCUACCAGCAGUAUGUGAGCGAGUCUUCGAGGCAGUACUCGAAAGUGAUGGCCGCGUGCCAGUCGUUCGAGUGGGCCAAGAUGCCCCCAAACAGCAGCCACAGCCACACUGUCAGCCAGUGUCAAUUCUACGAAGGCUUCUUCCUUGAAAUGCUCUUCAAGUUACUCAGGAACCUUCCUAAUCAGGCUUACGAAAUCAAUCUUCAGCUUACAGCAGUCAUUUCAAGGCUUUCUCUCUUACCACAUCCUUUUCUUCAUGAGUACCUUCUGAAUCCACUGCUUAAUCGGAAACCAGGCUCUGAUUCAUUGGUGAAAGCUCUGGGUGAUGUAGCUGCACAUCUUCUAAAUAGAGUUUGUGAAAUACCAGACUAUAAAGUGAAGCUAAUAAAUACGAGGCAUAGACUUUUGGGAGAUAUUCCUGAAGAAACGAACGUUGACUGCAGUCUACUUGAGAGUAUAGUUGUCUUGGAAGAACUGUGCAAAGAGUUAGCAGCCAUCGCCUAUGUCAAAUUCCACAGUGCUACCUGACAAGCAUCUUUGCAAUUAAUAAGUAGAAUCAUUGUUGUACAAACGCACAUUUAUACUCAUCAAUAUUAAGCAUUAUUUGUUACAAUCAAGCCAGUACAAUGUUUCUAGAUGCCCAUAAAACAUGGACGACAAUAGGAGGCUCUGCUACAUCUACUUUGCAUCAGGUCCCUAAAUUAACCACCUGUAUUUUUUAAAGGUUUCUGAAGUUAUGUUGACAUUUUCGAUUUGACAUAAUAUGCAUUAUUACUCAGUGGCGGCUGGAGUAAAUAUAGUUUGGAGGUUGCAGGUAUCAGGCAAAACUCUCAUAGUAAAUACGGAAACAAUAGGAAACAAAUUACAAUUUGUCAUUAAAUGGAACUUGUAUACUGACUAUAACUGUAUAGUCCGAACAGUAUAGUCCAUGUACGGAGUAGAGUCCGUAAUUCAAUUAUAGAGUUGAAGUACGUCUCCUCUUUAUUUUUGCCUUCAAAGUAUCCUAUGGGAUAUUCAACUCCCGAGCUGUCAGAUUGCUCAGGUAUAUUUAAAAAAAAAAAAAAUGUUACAAUAUCCACGAUAACGGAAGAUAAACUUCAAACUCCUAGACCCCAUGACAAUACUUAAAAGUUCAGUAGCAGGAACAUCGAAAUAAGUUUUACUCAAAUUACUAAGAGAAUCAAUUACUAAAUUUAGAGGGUAAUUAGAUUCCCUCCAAUUGUUCAUUCUAUUUAAAAGAUCGCUAAAAACUCCAUCAUUUAAUAUGAAAACAAGAACAUUCUUAUCGGUAAACAAACUCUUAUAUUAUUUGAAUCACAUAACUCAUUCAGUUGAUUCCAUUCUUCAAAGGAGAAAUACUUUUUAUUCCUAAGCAAUGAGAGACCUUCAGAUGUGUUCACACUAUUUUUCAUUUUUGCAAAAGAAAUCAUAACAUCCACCCUUUCACCAAAAUUAUAGACUAGGCUCAUUCUACUUUUAUGAGUAAUUAUUAUUGAACGAAAAUCCUAAAUAAAUGUUGCAAAUCACACCGAAGACCUCUGCUACUGCAGACAUUGACAACAGGGCUAACAGCUAGAUGGAAAUUCGAUGAGAACUACUAUCCAAAAAUUAGUUGCCAGCCCAGGAAUCGAACACGGUACCUCCCAAUUGCCAGUCAGGAAUGCUUGCCCUUACACCAAACUGACAAUCUUUGGAUAGCAGCGCUCAUUUUAUAGGAAGCCAUAGCGGCCAACUAGUUACAGAUGGAAUUAAAUAGACAAUGCAUUCUCUAUUUAAUUCCAUCUGUAACUUUUAUGAGUAUUGAUUCUUGCAUCAAAACUACAGUAUCAAUUUUGUCAAGGAUGGAAUUUAAAGUAAUCAUUUUGGGUCGGAUUGAUUGCUUGAUUUUACUAUCACUAUUAUUUUUAUUUAUUCUCAGUAUAUUAAAUACUAGC